AUGUCAUCGGAUAUUGAUAUUAUUGAAAGUGAUGAAGAUUCGCCACCAUCGACGAUUCCGCAAAAACGUGAACCGAUUGUUAUUCGAGGCGUUGGACAUUUGACGAUGUUUGGUUUAAAUUCUCAUUUUGACACCGAAUUCCCGACAGUGCUAAAAGGUCGUCUUGCACCUGAAGAAUUAGCAAGAACAAUGCGUAGGAUUAACGGUGUAUUAAGUAGGAAUAUGCCAAAUAAUGUGCGAUGGCUUAUAUGUGGAUUGUUAUUUUGUUGUUGCACUGCUGGUUGUUCAUUAUGGCCUGUUGUUUGUCUUAAUAAAAGGACUAUACAUGCGUUGGAAAAGACAUUGGAUCAUGAAAAUCAGACUCUGUACAAUAAAUUGGGCUUGCAUUGGCGUUUAGCCAGGCAAGCAGUGGAUAUCAGUCAAAAUAUGAUAGAAUUUGUGCUACUUCUCGAAUUCUUACCGAAGACUCCUCUUCUUUUGCCUGAUUAG